AUGGAAUACGACAAUAAUUCAGUAGGGCUGUCUAGUCCCGCAAAAGGGCCUCAUGCUAUGAGCAUAGAAGAUCCCCCACCCCCAUCUUCCUAUCAGUAUCGAGGGAAGCCACGGCUUGAGAGAUAUCUAGGUUUUCUGCCUAUGCUAGCAUUUGCCGCAACCCUACAAGCAUCCUGGGAAUCUUUAGGAUCCAGUCUUCAGGCAGGACUGUUGAACGGUGGCCCAGUCGCAAUUGUCUACGGCAUGCUCCUAUCCUUCGCUGGCUCCCUAUGCUUGACUUUGUCUAUGGCAGAAAUGGCAUCGAUUAAUCCCGUUGCCGGUGCUCAGUAUCACUGGACGUAUGAGCUCGCGCCAUUUGCACCUCGGUUCUUAAGCUUUAUCCAAGGCUGGGUCACGGUCAUAGCAUGGUGGGCCAAUGUCGCCGUUGGGCCAUACCUAGUCGGCACUGAGAUCCAAGGACUACUUGUGCAGAACUACCCUUCCUAUGAGCCGGAAGGAUGGCAUGGGACUCUUUUAGUAUUUGCAGUGCUCUUCCUGCCCUUGUUGGUCAACAUCUUUGCGCGCCGCCUCUUAGCACCGGUCGAAGUGCUAUCAGGUGUCAUCCAUAUCCUAUCAUACCCGGCAAUCAUGGUUGUCAUGAUUGUCUUAGGGCAACGACACACGAACGAGUUUGUAUGGACAGAAUUCGUCACCGACCAGAGUGGAUGGCACAACAAGGGAGUGAUCUACUCAAUUGGAUUGCUAACAGCGGCGUUCACCCUAAGUAGCUUCGACGGCGUCAUCCACAUGUCCGAAGAAGUCAACGACGCACCCAGAGCCGUCCCCCGCUCAAUGGUCUGGGGUCUAUGCGUGAACGCCGUCCUUGCAUUCGGCUUCGCCAUAGCCCUGCUAUACACCAUGGGCGACUUCCAGAAAGCCCUCGACUCCCCGACCGGAUACCCCAUCAUCGAAAUAUUCUACGCACAAACCGGAUCAAAAGCAGCCUCCAGCGCAAUGAUGCUCCCGAUCCUCCUCUCCGGCUGCUACUCCUCCUUCAACGUCCUAGCAUCAGUCAGUCGGCUCACAUGGGCAUUUGCGCGCGACGAGGGAUUCCCCUUCUCAUCGUUCUUCGCACAUGUAUCACCUAGGUACAAGAUCCCCCUGCGAUCUCUUUUCCUAGUGACGACAAUCACCGUUCUGAUUGCCUUGAUCAACAUUGGUUCUUCGGCGGCGUUCAAUGCCGUCUUGUCGCUGGACACUCUCGCCCUUUAUAUCUCCUAUUUGGUCCCGAUUCUGUUCAUGCUGAUCAAGCGAGUUCGCUUCCCGGGUGAGAUCCGCUAUGGCCCGUUUAACUUGGGGAGGUUCGGUAUUCCGAUUAAUACUUUUGCCAUGCUGUACGGUACUUAUAUUACGAUAUUCCUUCCGUGGCCUGAAACUCAGCCUGUCACGGCGAGCGGCAUGAAUUAUGGUGCCCCGGUUUUUGGCGUCGCUCUGUUAUUCGCGGUGAUUGACUGGUUUGCUCGAGGACAUAAGAAGUGGAAUGGGCCCACAGUUAUGACGGCGCCAAAGUAG